CGUUUGACUACUACAAUGAUGGCCACGCCCUUUUUUACUGCAGUACAACCUGUGAUUCGUAUAAUCCUCUUAUAAUGAACAUUUCAUUACAUUAGAAACAACCUAACAACAACAACGAAGAAGAAUGUUCUUUUAACUACAGGUGUAUGCAUGCGACUUGUGUUCAGGCAUAAUUAACGCGGAUACACUUAAAACACCUUUGUAAUAUAUGUUGAGGAACGUUUGGAUGGAAGAAAGUGUUAUAAAGGGUGGAGUGCUCCUCCAAGAUGUUGUAUACAUUAUGAAAACGGCGUCAAGUUUUGAUAAAUUUCAUGAGGUCCUGAAGAUUCACAUGUUCAUUGGACUAUUUUGUUAACAAGAUGAUCACCACUAAGCGUCUUAAAAUGUUUCUGCGCUGUUCUGUGAAAAAUAUCGUAUUACUGUGUGUGUUAGUAACAGUUCUUAUCAUUGGAUCAUUGGUGACAGACAUUCCGAUGGAAAAACGUUCCGAUGAUACUUACCAUUCGGGAUCAUAUAACAUAACUUCAUCGACAGUUCGGAACGACCAUUCUACACAUUUUUCAUUAGACAAACAUUCAAAUUCAAUAAACUUCAAAAAUAUAAACCAAAAAGAUGUGUACAGUCAUCCUUAUAAGUAUAUAAACACCCCAUCAAAAACAUGCAGUCAUAAAGGAUCUAUUACGGACCCUUUUCUUUUGAUUAUUAUCAAGUCUAACGUCAGAAAUCUGGAUAACAGAAUAGCAAUUCGAUCCACAUGGGGAAACAUAUCCGAUCCAUCGGUUAAAGUUGUCUUUCUUCUAGGAUUUUCACCUUUCCUUGAACAGUUCAUCAGCAUGGAGAAAUCAAGGUAUGAUGACAUUAUACAGGAAGAUUUUCUUGAUAAUUACAAUAAUAAUACACUUAAAACUAUUAUGGGAUAUAAUUGGAGUGUCAACAACUGUAAAAACACUACAUAUUUCUUUUUUGUCGAUGAUGACUAUUUAGUGAAUGUUCGAUUUCUCUUAAAUAAUUUCCGGAAACGUUUACCGAGUAGCAUUUUUACAGGGUGUGUUUGGUAUAAUGCUAAACCGAACCGUAACGUGCACUCAAAGUGGUAUGUUUCUAAGAAGGAGUAUCCGGAUAAGCACUGGCCUCCGUAUGCUACUGGGGGCUCUAUUUUGAUGACAUAUGAUUAUGCCAAAAAAAUGAGAGAAGGAUUUAAAUUCAUUAAACCUUUAUACAUCGAUGAUGUUUACCUUGGAAUAGUUGCUAAGAAGCUGAAUAUUUCCUUGACUAAUGAUGGUCGAUUUCACCCAUAUUACACCUUAGGAAGGAUUCACAAAAUGUAUUCUAUUCAUAAUUUUCAAUCGCCCAAUAAACUUGUGGAAGAUUGGAAAAGAUUAAAAAGUAUACUUAAAGCUUAGUUUAUUGAAAGUCGAUUUUAUUAAUGGAGCUACUUCUUUGGAAAGCACAAUAAAUAGUAUUUAGCUGAUGUGAAGAAUUGUUAACAAAAUAUAUAAAAAUCCAUAGCUCAAAUUCGUCAUUUAAAUUUUUGUGAACAAUAAACGAAAUGCAUGUAACAUACUGGAGAGAUAAAACUUAUAUCACUAAACUGAAGAACUGAUGGUCCCUAAUAGGAACACAGGAUAUUGAGACAGAAUAUAUAAUGACGGAUUGGAGUGUAUCAUGCCGGAUUCUGGAAUUAUUCUGUUUAAAAAUCAUAUUUUUUGUUUCUUGUGCUAUGUUUUUUGUUGUUGUAUACAUGUUUGUUUUUAUUUUUCUUUGCCAUAAUCCAUACGAUUGUAAUUACAAUAAGAUGCGUUAACAAAAAUGAAAAAAUAAAAAUGUGUGAAACAUGAGAAAUCAUGAAAAAAAACAAAUCUGUACGAUGAAA